UCACCCUGACAGGGAUUUUGUUGUUUGACAGGCGAACUGUGUGUGUACAAGUACAACAAACUUAUCAAGACGUGUUUUUUGUGUUAUUUAUUUAUUCUUAGGGGCUGUUCUCCUCGGAUAAAGUAGGAUAGAGGACGAGAUUUCUGCGUAUUUUCUAAAAAAAAAAUUAUAUCGCUAUGGAUUCAAUCUUGAAAUUGGACGAUAAUGAUACUUUUGAUUUGGUUCUAGAGGAGUUGUUGCGAAAAAACCAUGCAUCAAGACACUCAGUAAGUCCUGAGAUAGCAAAUGUAAUAGAAGCUGCCAAAGAAGAUUUACGAACAUCCUUGAUUAAAGCCAAUUUUAAUAUUGAUGAAGUAUCUGACCGUAUACUCGAUGGUAAUUACUGUCAAGAUAGAGCUUCAAAGUUUGUUACGCUAUUAAAAGAAACAAAGUCAGAGUUAUUUCGUUCCAUCAUUACACAUUACAAUAGUUCCUACGGUGAUGUUUGUAUGGACUUUGAUUGGUUUGUGAAGCUUGUACUAGGCACAAGUGAAUCUAAGGUCAUAAGAUAUCCUAUAAUACAAUUGGUAUUGUCAACUGUUAACUGUAAUAGUCAGCGAAAGCAGAAUCUUUGUGAAAUGGACAAGGAUGUGUUAACUAGAUUAAUAAAAAACCUGGAAACUUCUCUGAAAGAAAGUCCACCUUAAUGUUUUGGAUUGAUAUUUAUAUGUUCAUUGCAAUAAUGAGACUAAAUCAGUUUUUAAUAAGAUAUAUUUAAACAUUGUUCAAUAAUAAAUAAUAAUCUGAUUAACAUUCUCAGUCUCAGCUGCCAACAUUAUGAAUUG